CAGGCGAGUUUUGAGCUUGUUGAGAGAGCGAUGAAUUCGAAGCAAAUAGAAGACGAAGAGCAGCGACGGCAAUGGGGAGCCAGAACGUGGUCUACACUCGCCGCCGUUCGUAGCCGAUCGCCGCUCAUCCAAUGCAUCACCAACUUUGUUUCGAUGGAUUUGGUGGCAAAUACUCUUUUGUCUGCUGGUGCAUCCCCGGCCAUGCUUCAUUCUCUCGAGGAGUUGCCGGAUUUCACUCCCAACGUCGAUGCUCUUUGUAUUAACGUCGGCACGCUUUCCGCUGCCUGGUUGCCUGCCAUGAAGUUUGCCGCUGAACUGGCGUUGAAGGCCGGGAAGCCUUGGGUUCUCGAUCCGGUUGCUGCCGGAGCUUCUAAGUUUCGGAUGAUGGCUUGUUUGGAGCUUAUGCAGUUGAAGCCCACCGUUGUUAGAGGGAAUGGAUCGGAAAUAAUCGCGUUGUCUAAAGCUUCCACGGAGUUCAGUAUGGGCGUGGAUAGCUCCCAUGAGUCAACUGAUGCUGUAGAAGCUGCUAAAUCAUUAGCUCAAACCAGUGGAGCCAUAGUAGCAGUAUCAGGAGCCGUGGACAUAGUUACAGACGGGAAGCAAGUUAUUGGCGCUCAUAAUGGAGUGGCCAUGAUGCAAAAGAUUACAGCAACAGGAUGUUCAGUAACAGCUCUUAUUGCUGCCUUCCUUGCUGUUGAUCAACUUCAUGCUUUGGAAACAACAGCUUCAGCGUUAUCGAUCUUUGGAAUUGCGGGCGAGAUGGGAAUGGAAACAGCGAAGGGCCCUGCAUCACUACGAACUCAUUUGAUUGAUUCGCUAUAUGGGCUCGAUGAAGCUGCUGUAAUCUCACGAGUCAAGAUCGCCAGCUUGUGAUUAAAUUUUGGAGGGGUUGUUAUUUAUGGUACAGUAACUACUCUUAAACCUUGUUGAGUAUGUACAUUACUUCAAUGUCCAAUAAUGUUGAAAAGGUUGGCUAGCCUGAACUUUUCAUUUAUUUAUCUGUUUGCCCUUUGAAUCUUUUCGAUGAAGUCUAUAACUCUGAUCAUCCUCGUAAA